CAAACAUGAAGUAUAUGUGAAACAUAAUGUUGGAAGUAGUAUCAAACUAAUACUUUUAUUUGUCAAAAUUUGAACGAUUUCAUUGUUAUCUUCUGGCGGAGCUGGAGUUGUUAAAAAAGUUCUCGAGCAGUGUUUUAGAUAUUUGUUGUCCUUUUUCGUAGACAAGGUUUAAUAAUGAUAAAGCUCGUCCGGCCGCGACUAAUUACGUUCGAUGUGACCGGUACGUUACUGAUGACGAAGUUAGAGGAAUAUUACGCUGAAAUUGGUUCCCAACACGGCCUGUCAGUUGAUUCACGCAAAUUGGCGCGAAGCUUCAAAAACAACUUUCAUAGACUUAGUCUCGAACAUCCAAUUUACGGCAAGCACACAGGCAUUGGAUGGGAAAAUUGGUGGCGGCAGAUAGUUCAUAAUGUUUUCAAAGACCAACAUAGUUCUGUUUCAGAUGCUACUUUGGAUAAGGUUGCUAACAAUUUGAUAAGUUGCUACGGCACGAGCAUGUGCUGGCACAAGUAUCCGGGCACGAUCGAAUUACUGGAGUAUCUUCAAAAAAGAGGCCUGAUAUUGGGGGUGAUAUCCAAUUUCGAUGAGAGAUUGGAAGCGAUACUCGAGGACACGAGGAUACGGUUUUACUUUUCCUUCGUUUUAACGUCCUACGAUUUCGGCGUGGAGAAACCAGACACCUCAAUAUUCGACGAAGCGCUCAGAUUAACAAAGGAACAACACAGAAUCGACGUGGCUCCCCAAGAAGCGAUACAUAUUGGCGAUUCUGUCAAUAACGACUACAUUGGCGCGAAAAAUUCUAAUUGGAACGCUCUUCUCAUUCAGCAUGAUAGCGAUACCACGAGUGAAAAAAAAGUCCCUACUGAAGACGUGUUUAGAAAUCUUCGAGAUUUGAGGAUACAUCUUUCGACACUUCUCAAUAGGGAUAUGCAGUGCGCAUAGUUUGACGGAAUGAACUUGAAAUAUAGUACAUAUUUGAAUCGUUAAGUUCAGGCGCUACUGUAACGAUGAAGUAUGAAUUUAAUUAUUGAUCAAUGAUUAAUACGAAAACUUGUCAACAUUGUUAAUAUAUUUACUCGACGUUGAUAAAAUUGAA